AAAUAUUGAACCCUAUAUAAACUCCACGCCCACACUUGACACGCUCAGGUCUUCAAUUCGAAGGUUUCUGUGAGCGAGCUUGAGCUUUUUUCUGUUAUUAGUCUUCUUCUUAGCUUUCCUCAAUGGCGCCAAAGGUUAAGGUGUUCUUAGAUUUUACGAUUGGUGGCCAACCGGCCGACCGUAAUCUUUCAUCAAUGGCGCCAAUCCCUUGGCUUUCAUCACUGGUGCAAUUGCCCGAGUUGUCGUUGUGUGCCGAGGUUGUAGUGGAGACCGGUCGGUUUCUCCUUCGUCAUUCUUUUGAGCUUUUAUUAAAGACGCCAGACCUUUGUGAGGCUUCAUUAAAUACGCCAAACCCUAAGGUGUUCAUGGAUGUGACGAUCGGUGACGAACCGGCCGGCCGUGUGGUGAUGGAGCUUUUCGCUGACGUCACUCCACUCACCGCCGAGAAUUUCCGUGCCCUCUGCACCGGCGAGAAAGGGGUCGGUAGGAGCGGAGAGCGUCUGCACUACAAAGGAUCGACCUUCCACCAUGUGAUCCCGGGUUUCAUGUGCCAGGGAGGCGAUUUCACGGCCGGAAAUGGCACUGGCGGUGAGUCGAUCUACGGCUCCAAGUUCGCCGACGAGAACUUCGUCAAGAAGCACACCGGCCCUGGUAUCCUUUCCAUGGCGAAUGCCGGGCCCGGAACCAACGGAUCUCAGUUCUUCAUCUGUACGGCCGAGACAGAGUCGCUUGAUGGCAAGCACGUGGUUUUCGGUCAGGUCGUCGAGGGCUUCGACGUUGUGAAGGCCGUGGAGAAAGUGGGGUCCAGCACCGGAAGGACUUCGAAGCCGGUGGUGAUCGCCGACUGCGGUAUAACUUUUAAGAUAAGUCUGGACAUUUCAUCAUUGGUUGAGAUUACUAAUAAUUCCUUUGUCGAUGAUGUCUCACAAAUUGUGGAAACCCAUGUCCCAUUCCAUAAGGUUUACUGAUUCCCAGUAAUGCCCGUGGACAUAUUUUGAAAAUAGUUGGUGGAAAUACUGCUCUUGUACGAUGGGAGCCAUUAGCCAUUUUGGGGUGCCGGUGUUGCUCAUGCGUCUAGCCCAAGAGCUUUAUAUGGAUAGCAGUGCCGAGAAUUUCCUUGCCCUCUGCACCGGCGAGAAAGGGGUCGGUAGGAGCGGAGAGCGUCUGCACUACAAA